UGCUGCUUGUACCUGUAAGACCACAACACACAGGCAGGGUUAUCGCCCACAGCAAGGCCCCAGACCGGAAGUGAAGCAGCAAGGUGGACUACAUUUCCCAGAAUGCCUCGGGGCGGAGGCCAGCCCGAAGGCUGACUUAAGGGCCGCUGCUGGGAGACAUUACAGGAGGGCCUGAUCCCUGGGCAAAGUUGGAUGCAGGCGCCGCGGGGAGGGGGAGCUGCUGCUGCCGCUGCGCGCGCGGUUCCAGCUGACACAUCUCGGGCCCGGCUGCGGCCGAGGGGAAGGCAGGGGGCAUGGCGGAGACCGGCUCGGUGCAUGAGACCAGGUUUGAGGCGGCCGUGAAGGUGAUUCAGAGCUUGCCCAAAAAUGGUUCAUUCCAGCCAACGAAUGAAAUGAUGCUCAAGUUCUAUAGCUUUUAUAAGCAAGCAACCCAAGGACCCUGUAACAGUCCAAGACCUGGAUUCUGGGAUCCUAUUGGUAGAUAUAAAUGGGAUGCUUGGAGUGCUUUGGGGGAUAUGCCCAAAGAAGAAGCCAUGAUAGCAUAUGUUGAAGAAAUGAAAAAGAUUCUUGAGAGUAUGCCAAUGACGGAGAAAGUUGAAGAAUUACUACAAGUGAUAGGCCCAUUCUAUGAAAUAGUAGAGGAUAAAAAGAACAGAGCAUCUGGCCUAACAUCAGUCCGACUGGAGAAAGUCUCUAAAUAUUUAGAAGACCUUGGUAAUGUUAUGACUUCCACACCAAAUUCAAAGGCUGUGAAUGGUAAAGCUGAGAGCAGUGACAGUGGAGCAGAAUCGGAAGAGGAAGAGGGUCAUGAAGAGGAAGAAGAGGAAAAAGAAAUACGACGAAGUGAAAAAGACUAUAAGAAUGUAAAGCAGGACUCAGCAGCAGCUAAGGAUUUGGAAAGUAUUGUCACUAACGGCUGUUAUAAGGACAACUUUAUUCCAGAAAUGCAGAAUGGCAUCCAGACUAAAGCUGCCCUGAAUGGCUUAAAUGUGGAGGAAGAAAUAAAGAAAGUGGAGCAAAGUCUAGAACUAACGGGAAAAACUAAUAACAGUGUUCACCAAGGUGCAAAUGAAGACAGUGUUGAAGAGGUCUCAGGAAUUCAGCACUUGACGAGUGAUUCUGAUAGUGAAGUUUUCUGUGAUUCUAUGGAACAAUUUGGACAAGAAGAGGAACAACAGAAGAUGUGCCUGGAUUACUUAAUGCUGUACUGUGAAAAUCCCUUGGAAGUGAUUACAUCAGCCAAAGGACCUUUACAACAUUCAUCCCAUUCCUUGGAAGUAGAUCACAGUCCUCUAUUGGAAAAUGCUGGUUUUCCUGAGCAUGCUCACCUGCCCUCUGAGAAUUUUAGAGUUGAGGAUAUAACAGAGGCAGCAGUUGAAGGAAAAGGUGAAGUCAAGUGUGGGGGAGAAGAUGGCAAAAGCAGCGAUGGAGGCCCUGACAAAGAGAAGAAAGGUGGAGAAAAGGUGGAUUUCCAUGGAGUCAGAAGAGGGAGAGGGCAUAGGAUGCAGCCUCUGGGUGAUGGUGCUCAAGGUGGACAGAUGGGCAGUGGAGGGGAUGGUGAACGCUGGGGGUCAGACAGGGCACCGAGGGGCAGCCUCAACGAACAAAUUGCAGUAGUGCUCAUGAGGUUACAAGAAGACAUGCAGAACGUCCUUCAGAGACUGAAUACACUGGAGGCACUGACAGCCUCCCAGGCAAGAUCUGUGAUGCUACAGUCAAAUGUACAACCUCCCUCAUCUGCUAAGGGACCAUCAUGGUGGCCCUUUGAUAUUUCUCCCGGCACUUUAGCCUUUGCUGUUGUAUGGCCCUUUGUUGCCCAGUGGUUGGUGCAUGUAUACUUUCAAAGAAGGCGAAGAAAACUGAUCUGAGAACUUAAUUUUUGAUUUCGCUUAAAGACUACUAGGACUGGGACAGCCUGGAGAGAGAAGGAAUUCAGAAUUCACAUGAGAACCUCAGGAUCUGUGAUGGCUAAAUCUUCCUUCGAUUGUAGUAAUUUUUUGCACUACAUGUGAGCUAACUACUUAAGGACUAACAUUACUGAUACUUGAAUGAUCCACUGCUUCUAGAUUACAAGUAAAAUAAAUAAUUAUCCCACCCUUAAACCACAUGAACAUUAAAUUAUUAAUUAUGCUUUUGGAAUGGAUUUCUGGCUGGGCAUUCUGUAGAGAUGACUGAUCUUUCUUAUGGCAAUUAAUAAUGAGGGGGAUGUUAGCUUUGUAAAAAGAAACCCCGCUCUAUUUAUGGAAUAGAAAAUUGUAAAACUGUCACUUUAACAUGAGGAUGAUUUUGCAAUUGCAGUAACUCAGAUUUCUUUCACGUUAGAUAGAAGUAGUGACUGGGAAGACAGUGUAAGUCCUGUGUGUACAUUAUAUGGUGGCUGAAAGGCUGCAUGUAAUAAUGUAGCUCUGAAAGCCUCAACUAGUCUGUUUUGCUGCUAGACAGAUGUGAGGUACAUUUCUUUGUGCAUCAGCCAUGGGUGGAAUCAAAUAUUUGACUCUGCAUAAUCCUGCCAUUCAUUGCACUUCCAUAUGUACCCACUCCCCAAACCGCUUUAGUUUUAGCAGCCAAGCAUCUUGCAUGUUAGAGACGUGGUAGUAACAUGGGACAGAUUAUAGACAGUGUAUGCUGAAAAGGAGCCAUAGAGAGAAGCUGCACUGAAUAAUACUUUAAAUUCAUGUCUCUUUCUUUACUACUAACCGGUUUCAUUUUAAUUGAGACAUGAAGUUUAUGCACAUAGUGCUUUAAAAUACAAGAUGAAAACUAGCUACACCCAAUAUUUGUAAGAUUUUACAAAGUUUAGUCCAGUGUAAGCUAUUAUUUUAUGUAGUAGUCAAUUUAAAGGAUAGAUGAAUUAAUCUAGCCUCAACAUCUAUGUGGCCUUUUCCCACCCCAAAACCUACUUGAGAGAAAACAUCUGUUUCCAUAUUUUCCUCGUAUCCUUCCACUGCAUCCAAAUAUUUUCCAAAAUAUUUAUCCUAAUUUUGAUGAUUAUUUUCCUUUCCAGUGGUAUUUAUUCAUACAUAGAAAUUUUAUUGAUCAGUAUAAAGGUGAAUAUAUUACAAUCUUGUGAGGUUUGCUUGGUCGAAGUAUGCUUUGCAGUUUGAUUUUAAAAUAUGUAUCUAAGUUACAUAGCCUAGAUCUAUGAGAAGGUGAGCAGUAUAUUAAGAUAUUUUCUGUACAAAGUAAGAAAUCAGACCUAUAUAGUAAAAUGGUUGCUUUGCAUUUGCAAUGAAGAGAAGAAAAAUUCCAUUAUGCCGUAACCUACAUUUAAGACCUGAAUCUUAAAAACUACACUGUUGUUUAUGCUGUCUCAUUCUUCAGUCAGUGUGAUACAUUAUGAAUAAUUCAUGGAAAAUGUCUUUUGGGAUAAGGCAUGCUUUCUGCCCUGUAAAGUCUUUUAUUUUAUAGUUUUGGAAAGCACUUUUCUUACAAGUUAUACUGUAUAAAACAGAUGUAAUUAUAGGAUUUAAUGUUUCUGCCUUGUUUAACAGAACAUGAUUUUAACCUUGUCUUGAAAUACUUUUUAAAAAAAAAUUUCUCCCUCUUCUGAUCUUCAUCUUUGAUGUAAAACUGAGUUACUAAAUAAAGAGUGACAAGAGAACAUCUCUGAUA